ACGUCCUGGCUUAUGGACGACGUCCUAUCUGACCGUUCAGCUAGUUAUCUACAAUCUCAUGUUGGGGAACUACCGGGUUCGCGUGAAAAGUACGUAUACGUAUAACCUAUAAUGUGUAAUGUUUUACAAGAUAUAUGUGUAUCCAGAUGUUUAUAAUAUGCAGUGAGACAUUAGGGUGUGUUGGGUUUUUAUUCUGUGUUAAAACUGAACAAAUAAACUCGGGAGUUUUAAACUACAACAUGAUAAAGAUAGUUAUAUAACGGGACUGAAAAACACGUAUUGGUAAAUACUGUUUGACGAGGUAUUCGUGAAAGUGAUUGUGUAACAACAGGCGUUUGUUGAUAAGGAGUUGAUGAUGUCCCUCCGUCGACGAGGAGUGCCCGUGGAUAGGUAUAUGGUUUAUGUGGUGUUGAUGUGGUUAGGUAGAGACGUCGGGUGUACGACUGGCGUACCGUGUCCCCAGGAGGAGAGAAACUCCACCGUCCUACUUGACACCCAUGACACCUGUACACCUGGUGACACGUGUGAGACAGACUGCACUCCACAGGACAAGAAUUUCAAGUGCAGUGUCCACGAUGAAACAGGUUGGAGACAAUACGAGACUCGUUACCAGACAGGUUAUUUUUCCUUGGCCAAUGAAAACGGUCCGGAGUUGGUGGCCAUAUCAAUGCACCACAAGAGGUACAACGCGACAGGGAGAACCUACUUCCGCCCCGCCCUCAGCGUCACUAUCAACAUCUCAGCGGAGAUACUCGGCACCUCUGCCACAACCCCGCGCAACCCAGAGGCCCUGUUGGUCAGGAUAAGUGGGGUCAAUGACUCGGAGAGUGUCCGGGAUGACUUCUACAUCGACACUCCUCUAUACCGACUCUACAGUUUUCGUAACUACACGCCAACUUCACACGAUAAAGACUACCCGCGACAAGCCUUACUGAAGUGUAUAGACAGCCUGGAUGCCUGCUCUGUGAAGGUGUACCGACUGGAAAUCAGAGCAUUUGUUCCUAGCAUUCGCUUCAUGACUCGCAUAGUGUAUACUAUCACAGCCCCAAACAAUCGAAACCAGUACCUCCCCCCUGUUAUAGCCACAGCGCUCCACCCCCGGGAUAACAAUGUCACUGUAGUGUUCGAGACCGGCGGUGGUGCCAGGGUGACCAACGUGGCUUUGGUCAGAGUCAACCAAACACAAGUUUCAUACAUCCAAAGAGUACCGUUAGAGACAAAUAGCGUGAGGUUCAAGUUCGUCACAGCAGGGAUGUAUACAGCAAUGAUCGAAAUUGCGGGAAAAAAUUACCACUCCCAUCCUUUUUGUGUGGGAAAAUCAAAACAGCUGAACGACGAUGGUUUAAGCACUUUCUAUAACUCGGAAAACAGGAGCGACCCCGUCAGUGAACCCACACACGUUAUUCCGAUAUUGGCUUCAUUCCUAUUUCUAUUGUUCUUGUGCACAAUGGUGGCUGUGGUCCUUUAUCUGAACAAACACAGGUUGACCCGCCUCAUCAAACAUAACCACCAAACUCCACAAGUUGAAAAUGUUACUAGAAUACUACUGCUAAACCGAGAUCAAGAUCAACGGACGGCCAAGUUUUUAAUGGACCAUGCUGACACGCACUUCCCUGGGGUAAAGUUUGUUUCUGUUGAGGAACCGGAAGCGGAAACGGAUAUUCCAAACAAUAAGUUAAUGGAAAAGGCAGUUAGGUCAUGUGAUCAUAUCGUUGUGAUAUGGUCUCCACCAGACGUCGAAGAAGAAGAAGAUAUUUUCGAAGAGACAAUAACAAACGAAAGUAUUAUCACGGGCAAUAGUAAUGUCGAUCUAUGUGUUAUUCUCUCAUCAGAGGGUGUCGACAACUCUUCACUACCCGUUGAAUUUAACGGAGCUCGUAAAUUUGAUUUAACAACAGAACUAGACUCGUUUUUUCAACAUUGCUUUUCACAAAGUUCUGAUUCAUCAGAACUCUUACAAAACUUUCAUAAAUCUCCAUCGUAUAAAACAAUCAACGAAUCUUACACAAAAUCUUCAGGUACAAAGCAAGACGAAGAUGAAUGUGAACCUCCUUUAGGAAUACACAGCAGUUGUCCUGUCCAUGGCAGAAAGGACAUGCAAGACACUAGUUUUAACAUUGUAACAUCUGAAACUGACACCCGGCAAGAAGACAGACAGCCAGAUCAAUUAGCAUAUACGAACUGUCCUGUUCACGGGACAUGUGCGCAGCCGCAAAUGGAUAUUGCAUUUGAAUCCGAUUCAAAUUUGUCACUUGAAAGCAGAUUUUUAUUGCUGAACGCAAGUAGUUGACACGCCAAUACCUCUUAUACAUAGGGGAAUAGGCACUUUAUAAUUCAAGUACAGGCGUUUCUGAGUUUUAGAAAGUAACGUUACCGUUUCAGAUACCAUGUUCACGUUGUACACUUUAAACUGAUUGCGGUAUGGCAAUGUAUACCGUGUAAAUAUUUUCGCGCUAAUUUACUGAACGUUAUAUUUACGAAUAUUUCCACACCGCGAUAAUUUCCAAUUUUACAGUAUAUACAGAAUAUAAAACCUCGUUAUAAUGCCAUUUGAUGUAGUUGCCACCGUACAUGUGCCAAACGUAAAAACGUAAAGAAAUUUUAUCAAAAUUAUACAUUGUAUUCAUCAGACCUAUUUUAGAAUAUGCGAGUGAAGUGUGGGUUGGUUGUAACAAUGCAGACUCUGAUAAAAUAGAAAAAGUCCAACUGGAAGCAGCCAGAAUAGUUACAGGUUUGCAUUUAUUUGCUAGUAGACAGUCUUUGUAUAGUGAAACUGUCUGGGAAAAACUUGAAGACAGAUGGAAAAAAAAUAUGUUAUUAUUAUACAAAAUACACCAUAAUUUAGUUCCUUCUUACCUAAACGACAUCGUACCCAGUAAAGUAAAUGACAUUAGUAGAUAUAAUUUAAUAAAAAUGGUCAAGAUUAUGUAUUACCCAAGUAACUAAAGACAUACUGCCUAAACGCAGACUUGAUAUUGAAUCACCGAAUGACGAAAUAAUUUGGAUCGAAUUUUGUACUAAUAAUAAGAAAUAUCUUACUAUGUGUACUAUACAAACCUCCAUGGCAAAAUACUAACUCUGGAAUUUGGACUCGACUGAAACAUUCUUUUGACAUAGCUUUUGACAACCCUCCUCAUGUUAUAUUAACAGGGGAUACUAACAUUGACUUAUUAACAGGAAAUAACAAUGAUCUUAGCAUUCUAACACAGCAAUAUAAUCUAACUAACCUGAUUACCAGUCCAACUAGAGUAACAAAUACUACACAAUCCCUUAUAGACCCAUUUUACAUCAGUGAUACUAUAUCCUCCGAAUCAUCCAUUGUUGUACCAGUUUUAGAAGCUAUAAGUGACCGCAGAGCUUUAAUUGUGUCAUUGUCAUCAUGUCUACCAAAACCAAAGUCUUUUAAGAGGAAAACAGGGUUAUACAACAGAGCAUAUAUUUUAAAUCUAAAAACAGAGGUAGGACAGGUAAAUUGGAUAGAUUUGUUUUCUUAUGCAGAUAAUGUAAGCGAAAAAUGUAAACCGUUCACUGACAAAAUAAUUUCUAUUUUAGAAAAACAUAUUCCUAAAAAAAAAUGUAACUGUAAAUAGAAACGACAAACCAUGGAUGAACGGAGAUAUAAGAAAAGAAAUUAAACGUAGAAACAGGUUAAGGAAACAUUUCAUCAGAGUUAAAACCCCAUUGUCUGAAGCUAAAUUUUUACCUGCACGAAACAAAGUAAAUAAUAUUUAUACAAAUGUAAAUGUACUUAUCAAUGAUAGUGCAGCUAAUCCCAAAGCAUACUGGAAACUAAUGCGUAUGCUUUUAAAAGGUAACAUUUCUACCGAUAUACCUCCCUUACUAAACCCUACUACAAUCAAAAUCGUUACGGCGUUAACAAGUCGUGUAUAAAAAGAACACGCCCACAAACCGAACGGUUGUUUCAGCGUGUCACUCACUGCAUCUGGCUCGUCGAUUGGUUGAUA